GAUCACUUUGGUUUUGCUGAAGAUCGCACCUUCAAGCAGCGCUACCUCAUAGCAGAUCAGCACCGGAAGAAAGAUGUUGGGUCAAUUCUCUUCUACACGGGCAACGAAGGAGACAUCACCUGGUUUGCAAAUAAUACGGGUUUCAUGUGGAAUGUGGCUGAAGAAUUAGAUGCUAUCUUGGUUUUUGCUGAACACAGAUACUACGGGGAGUCCAUGCCUUUUGGAAACAAAUCGUUCACCGAUAGCAAGCAUCUGAAUUACUUGACUUCACAGCAAGCGCUGGCUGAUUUUGCAGUACUUGUUCAGCACUUGAAGGAUACGAUUCCUGGGGCGCAGAACACCCCGGUUAUAGCCAUAGGAGGAUCCUACGGCGGGAUGCUUGCUGCCUGGUUCCGAAUGAAAUAUCCCCAUGUCGUAAUCGGAGCUCUCGCAGCUUCGGCCCCCAUUUGGCAAUUUGACAGCUUGGUUCCCUGCGGUACUUUUUACAAGAUAGUCACCGAAGAUUUCAGAAAGAGUGGGCUUGGCUGUUCAGAAGCCAUCAGAAAUUCCUGGGCAGCCAUUAAGCGUAUUACUGCCACAGAGAAAGGCUUACGGUGGCUUUCCUGCACAUUUCACUUGUGCAGUCCCUUGAAAACUGUGACGGAUGUCACCAUCUUCAAAGCGUGGCUGAGAGAGACAUGGAUAAACUCAGCAAUGGUGGACUACCCAUAUCCAGCCGACUUCUUACAGCCUCUUCCUGCCUGGCCUGUUCAGGCUAUCUGUAAAUACCUGAAAAAUCCUAAACUGUCGGACAGAUUGUUGCUCCAGAAUAUCUUCCAGGCUAUAGACAUCUACUACAACUACACAGGACGGGCAUCGUGCCUGAACUUAACUCAUACUGCUACUAAAAGUCUGGGCCUUCAGGGUUGGUAUUACCAGGCUUGCACUGAAAUGGUGAUGCCCAUGUGUUCAGAUGGCAUCAAUGAUAUGUUUGAGCCACAGAAAUGGGACUUUCGUACGUACUCAGAAGACUGCUUCAAAACCUGGGGGGUACGACCCCGCCCUUCUUGGAUUCCCACUCUUUAUGGGGGGAAGAACAUUAGUGCUCAUAGUAACAUCAUUUUCAGCAAUGGGGGACUUGAUCCUUGGUCUGGAGGUGGAGUUACCCAGAACAUCACAGACACUCUAGUUGCAAUUGUGAUCCCGGAAGGUGCUCAUCACUUGGAUCUGCGUGCCAACAGCCCCUUUGACCCAAAAUCCGUCCUGCAGGCCCGCCUCUUGGAAGUUCAGUACAUGAAAUUGUGGUUACAGAAGCAAAACGGUCAAUAAGCACCCAGAGUAACUGGAUACAGUUGGGGUUUGUAGCAACUGCUUUCUUCUGGUGAUCAUCUCUUUUCUGGAUUGUCUCUUUUUCAGCUUGCUUUCCAAACAUUCUUUAUCUUCUCCCACUACUUAAUCAAACUCUCUAUUUGAGACAAGCUGGAAUCUACGUGGCUGAGCUCUGGUUGGUGACAUUACAUCCAUGUAUCUCAUCACAGGAAGCCAAGAGGAUUUCUGUUGCUCUUGAUUGAGCAGUAGGGCCCACAACGGGAAAAGGAGAACGUUUCUAACCCCUCACCUUCUCUGCCUCUUCCUACCCGACUCACUUAGCUGCCUUUGUGUGGGAAGCUGGACUCCAAUUGUAUUAAGGAAUUCAGUUGAAUAACAGGUGGGAUAGCUGAUAACUUGGGAGGUGACUUUAAACAGAGUAGACAAAUUUAUGAAGGAACCUUUGUCCUCAAAAUACUUGAGACUACAGUUAUGUUGUCCCUGGCCACUGGCUGUAAGGCAUUGUAGUUCAGUGGAUCCUGCUACUGAUCAUGGCUGUUUACUUUGAAAAACAGACACCAAGAAGCAUUACAGCAGAAGAUCUUUGUCUUUGCAUGUUGUUUGGUUAUGAUGAUGACGCUUAAACUAUAGAUGGGCCUGUGGCCAGCAGGACACUUGUGCUGGGCUACCUAGCUAGUAAUUGCUCAGCUAGAAUAUAUGGAGUGUGUGGAUGAUCUCCUGCAGGUCGGGACUUGUUUAACUCAAGUUUGAUGCUGGUUUAGCCAGUGGCUAAAGCCAUAGAUAGGCAUUGUAUGAGAAUGUCGAAUUUCCCAUUCUUGGUUGUCUCCUAAUGGAAAUACAGGGGCAAAAUAUCAGGAACAGAGUUUAUCUUUCACUCCGUUCCCCCUUCCCUGGUCUGAUAAUCUUCUAGGAGAUUUUGGUUCUGUCCAGCUUUAACACCAAUGGUGUUUGAAAGUACUGUAUGUCAGGAAGAUGCAGCAGGAAAUGAGAAGGUUAAAUGUCCCUACUCGUUUAAAAUUGAGGCUCAUAAUGGUAAAAGAUUAUGCAUUAUUAGCCUGACUAUAUCCCUUUACUGAAACCUUCAGGUGCUUUGAAUCAUUUUGAGAAGGAAAUGACCAGGGAGCGAACACUGAAGAAAUAUCCAAGCAAACUUUCUGUUAAAUCUCCAAUAAACCUUUUUUGGCUUUUGAGAGAGACCGGGAUUUGUUGCAAAUUUUAGCUACUUAUAACAAUUUUGACCAAAGAUUUGAAGUAUCUUUGGGCAAGAACAAAUCCAGGAGUGGUUUGUAUCGCCAGGGACACAGAUUUGUGCCAUUUUGGUUCUCAAAAACUUUGAGUAUAUGCAUAUCUUUUCCUGUAGGACUGCAGAGAUCCAAGGUUGUUUGCACCAAACGAUGGAUGGAUGGAUGGAUGGAUGGAUGGAUGGAUGGAUGGAUGGAUGGAUAGAUAGAUAGAUAGAUAGAUAGAUAGAUAGAUAUCCUUAUUUUGGUUAUUCUUCUAGAAAAGAUGAACUGCAAUUUGUACACUGAUAAAAUGACAUUGUGAUCCAUAAAUGAAAAAAAAAAUACAGCUAUUAAUAAAAGUAGA